UGGAAUAGCGUAAUUGCUGAGCAACUGAGUGGAGAAGGACGCUCACAGUGAGGGAUAGGGCAGGGCAUUCAGCUCAACACAGUGCCUCAGUCUCCAUAAAAGACAGACGUAGCCUAUAGAACAGCCACAAAAGGGAUGCCGUAGAGGUGGCGGAGGAGGUGUCGUUGCAGCAGCAGAGAUGAGUGUGACCUCCUGGUUCCUGGUCAGCAGCGGGGGAACGCGCCACCGCCUCCCCCGAGAGAUGAUCUUCGUCGGGCGGGACGAUUGUGAGCUCAUGCUACAGUCCCGCAGUGUCGACAAACAGCACGCGGUCAUCAAUUAUGAACCUGCCACGGAUGAGCACAAAGUCAAAGAUCUGGGGAGUCUGAACGGGACGUUUGUGAACGAUGUCCGCAUUCAGGAGCAGAUGUACAUCACUCUGAAGCUCGAUGACAAGCUGAGGUUUGGAUAUGAUACCAACCUGUUCACUGUGGUGAUAGGAGAACUCCAGGUACCUGAGGAGGCCCUUAAGCAUGAGAAGUUCACCAGCCAGCUCCAGCUAGGCAAGAAGCCCUCCAACGUGGAGAACACCAAGUCUCCCACCAAGUCUCCCACUAAGUCUCCCACCAAGUCCCCCUCCAAGUCCCCCAAGUCUCCCAGGUCCAAGCCGGCCGAGGGCAAGAGUUCAGAAGGGGUCCCUGCAGAAUCAGCUGCCAAACCAGCCGACAGACUGAAGGCAGAGGACAAGAUGGCAGGGGACAUGGCCUCCUCACACAGAGGGACUCCUCUGUACGGGCAGCCGUCCUGGUGGGGCGACGGGGACGCAGACGACGAGAACUCCUUCAAACAGGAGAUCAAGACGUCCAGCAAGAAGCACGACAACCCAGCGGCAGACAGCAGAGAGGCCGGGAGGGGUGACAGAUCCAGGGAGGACGCACAGGAGCCCAGCUACUUUGAGAUCCCCACCAAGGAGGGCCAGAUGGCAGAGAACGGGAUCCACGAGAUUCCCACCAAAGACACGGAGGGCUUGGCCAACCUCCACACAAGCUCCGCCUCCGGUGCCGGCGCCGCCGCCCAGGGCCACGCCUCCUUCACGAUUGAGUUCGACAGCACGUCCCCGGGCAAGGUCACCAUCAAGGACCACGUGUCAAAGUUCACCCCCGACCACCGGCCGCGGUCCAAGAAAGCGGGACAGCCGGGAGGACGGGAGAUGAGCACCCUGCAGGCCGCCAUGAUGGCGUCGGAGAGCAAGGUUGCCGAUUGGCUGGCUCACAACGACCCCACGCUGGUGCGCCGAGAAUCGGCGGAGGACGACAGCAAGAGCAUCAAGAGUGACGUCCCGGUCCACCUGAAGCGGCUGAAAGGCAGCAAGCAUGAGGACGGCACCCAGAGCGACUCGGAGAACGGGCCGGGCCUGCGCUUCGGCAACCGGCGCCUGGCUCUGGAGGAGCGCCUGAGGGCGGCGCACGGCCAGGCCGGAGGGGCCGCCUGCGCCCCCCGCAGCAGCAGCAGCAGCAGGACGGCCUUCAUGAUCGAGUUCUACGACGAGGAGAACACUCGCAAGCGGCGCUCCUACUCCCUCUCCCAGACCGGGGAGGGACUCUGCCCUACGCCCCCCUCCCACCCCAAGACCGCCGGCACCACGGCAACCACGGACUGUACCAGGGGCGGCGCGACGAUAUCGGCGGCCAUAGUGGCAGGGGCGCCCACGGCGGCGCGCGUGCUGCUGAAGCAGCGGUCUGAAGACCCCAGCCUGGGCCGCAGCUCAGCCAGCACGGGGCACCACACCACCAGCCCCAGCGAGGACACGGCCAGGGGGCCCGAGGACAGGGACAAGGAGCUGGAGGACGACCAGAGCGACAAGGGGACGUACACCAUCGAACUGGAAAACCGCAACCCGGAGGAGGAAGAGGCCAGGCGCAUGAUAGACAAGGUGUUUGGGGUGGAGCAGAACCAGAACCAGAGCCAGGACUCUUCAACGCCGAGACCCGCGGACAAGCAGCAGGACUCUGCCAAGCCCCCAGAGGCUGGAGGGACAGACAAGCCCCCAGAGGCUGGAGGGACAGACAAGCCGCCAGAGGCUGGAGAGACGGCCAAGCCAAGCUGCCUUCCAGCUGAGGGCGUGGCCAGUGAGUCAGGUGACCGCUGGGUCUCUCAGUGGGCCAGUCUAGUGGCCAAUCACACAAGGACGGACCCAGAGGGCUCUGGGGCGGAGCCUCCUGCCUUCCUCCAUCAGGAGAGAGAAGCUGAUGCCUUCGAGUCUGGCGUGUCCAUCAGAAGCGCCGGCUCGAUCACCUCCAGUCUCACCGAGCGCAAACGCAGAACCCUCCCCCAGCUCCCCCUGGAGGACCCCCGCACCAGAGCGCCCUCCGCCCCCGCCCUGGGCCCGGGCCUGCGCUCCGAGAUUGGGGAGAAGCAGGACACUGAGCCCCAGGAGAAGGAGGGCCAGCUGGAGCACAGAGGAGACGGCUGGAGCCUCACCCCCGUAGAGGCCGGAGGAGGGGAGAUGACCGCUAGGCAAAGCCUGGCCUCGGCCUGGCCACCGGCCUCCUCCAAGCCUCCGCUGAGGCCGUCUGGCAGCUCAGAGAAGAGGGAGGAGGGCCGCAGGAAGAGGUCAGAGGACAGGGGUCAGAGGUCAGACGAUAAGUCAGGCAAGCCCCUGGUCCGCCAGGGCAGCUUCACCAUCGACAAGCCCAGCGGCGUCGUCCCCGUGGAGCACCUCCCCCGCAUCAGGCAGGCGGGCGGGGCCGGGGGCCCGGGCCUGGGGCGCGAGAGGAGCGACUCGGUGGGCAGCAUGGACACGGCGACCCUGCUGAAGGACACGGAGGCCGUCAUGGCCUUCCUGGAGGCCAAGCUGAGGGACGAGAAGAAGAGCGCCUCCGGCCUGCGUCCCGGCUCCAUCUCCCCGGAGUCGGACGUGGACACGGCCAGCACGGCCAGCCAGGUGGCCGGAGAGGCGGACAGGAAGGCCGCCGCCCAGAAGAGACGCUCCCUCAGCAGCCUGCACAGGGAGAAGAGCAGCAUGAGCGCCACGGCCAAGACCAGCACCCCCAGCGCCAGCGCUCGCGAACGCCUGGAGAGGAAGACCAAGACCAGGACGGACACCGGUCGUCCCGACGCCCGGAGGUCCGUCCAGCCGGGGUCGUCCACACGCGGGCGCCAGCCCUCCCUGGACCUCACGGACGACGACCAGACAUCCUUCCCCAUCUCAGACAUCCUCUCCUCAGACCAGGAGACGAGCUACUCUGGGCCGGGGCGCUCGUACGGCCGGGGCUCGCUCACCUCCACGGACGAUCUGCUGCAUUCCAAGAUGGAGUCCGGCGGGCGAGUCGGCAAGACCUCCAGCAGCUACACCAAGCCCAGUAAAACCCUCCAUGCUGCCACAGCCUCGUCCAUUGGAAAACAGGCCUCCCUGCCUCAGCCGAGGCCCACCAGGGCCUCCCUGCUCCGCCGGGCCCGACUGGGGGACACCUCGGACACAGACCUGGCCGACGCGGACCGGGUGUCCGUGGCGUCGGAGGUGUCCACCACCAGCUCCACCUCCAAGCCGCCGUCCGGUCGCAAGGGCCCGUCUCGUCUGGACAUGCUGGCCCAGCCCAGGAGGACCCGGCUGGGCUCCAUUUCCGCCCGCAGUGACUCUGAAUGCACCGUGGCUCGGAGCUCCGCCUCCGGCCGGCUGUCUGCUGAGACCGCCCUGCGUCUGGGACUCAGGCCCACCACGCCCACUGACAACAAGAUGGCGCCUCGCAUGAGAGCCAACAGCGUGUCCAAGCUGACCGAUACCAAGACCAAGGUCACGACCUCUGUCUACGGCUUGCCCUCAGAAAGCUCUCAGCCUGAGGGUGGCACUACAGAGGAGCAGGAGGAGCUGAUGGUAUCAUCGUCCAACAGGUGGCGCCGGUUGCCUCCUGAGUACGGCUCCACCUCCGAGGAGGAGUUUGGCUCAAACAGGAACUUGUCCAAACAUGGCCGCCCCCACCUGAGGCCCUCCCAUAUCCUCCGAAGCCCCCGUUUUCCCGGCGCCACCCCCAGCCCAGUGUCAGGCUCCGCCCCCGGCCCCGGGGGCGUGGUCCUCAAACACAGGAUGCGGGAGCAGGAUGAGUAUAUCCGAGACUGGACGGCCCACAGUGAAGAGAUCGCCAGGUUAUUUCCCUGUGUGCGCAGGAUCAGCCAAGACCUGGCCAAGGACCUUGCCAUCCUGGCACGAGAGAUCCACGACGUGGCUGGCGAAAUCGACUCGGUCAGCUCCUCCGGCACGGCGCCCAGCACCACCGCCAGCACCGCCGCCACCACGCCCGGCUCCGCCAUUGACACCCGCGAAGAGGUAGGCAGGCGUGCACAUCUGGACGUGCAGGAGAGCAUGCGAAAGCUGGUGGAGCGUGUGUUUGACGAGAGCCUGACCUUCCGGAAGAUCCCGCCUGUCAUCCAGGCGAAGCCCCCCGAGAUCAACGGGCGCCCCGUGGAGCUGCGGCCCCGCGCCCCCGACACCCUGGACCCCCGUGUCCUCCGCCGGCGCACCUGGAACCGGGAGGAGGCGGUGUUGGAUAGUCUGUUGAUCACCUCUGUGUCACAGCUGUCAUCCAAGAUCAGACAGUCUGUCGACAAAACCGCAGGAAAAAUAAGGAUUUUGUUUAAAGAUAAGGACCGAAACUGGGAUGAGAUCGAGAGCAAACUCAGAUCGGAGAGCGACAUACCGCUUCUGAAAACCUCCAACAAGGAGAUCUCCUCCAUCCUGCUGGAGCUGAAGAGGGUGGAGAAACAGCUUCAAGUGAUAAACGUCAUGGUGGAUCCUGAUGGUACUCUGGAUGCCCUGACAAGUCUUGGCCUGACCAGUCCCACCACGCCGACCAAGCCCAACACCAACCCUGGACCCCAGGCACCCAUAGAGGGCUCCGCCAAGGGCCACACACCUUCCGUCCCACCAGUGGAGACAGGCCGAGACCUUGGCGGAGACUUCAGUCGCGUCCAUCCCAACGGAGAAGAGAAUGCCAUCACCCAGAAGUGAGAAUGGACCAGUGAGACCACCUUUCACCGACGUGUAACGUUGUGGAAACGUUCAGAUGGAGAGUAGGCUGGAUUAUGUCUAACAGACUGUGGCACAGGGAAUCAUUUAUAGAGACACCGUCAAGAACUGAGCCCUGGAUCCCUGAGAAUUCGUCGAGGGAUAUCUGCCUCAAAAAAAAGAGUAAACUGACUCUGACUCUGUUGUAUUGAAUGGGGGUAUGAACCCCAGUGUAUGUAUCUCUAUGUAUGUAUCUCAUUUGCCUCACUAGCCUAGAUCGGACAGUAUGUGUGAGGACUCUAAACAGGACAAGCCUUAAAGCGAGUCUCAGUUUUCUCCUGUUACCAUGGAACAAGGACAGCACCUCACAUUACCGAGUCAACAUGGACAUGGACACUUUGGGAUGGCAGUCCCCCUAACAGCAGGGUGUCCUCCAUAGUCAGGAUUUGAAUUUGCAUGACCCAGGCGUGGAGCGAAUCUGUACAUUAUACAGAUGUGUAAUUGAUUGAUUCUCUGGGUAAACAUUUGGUCACACUGAGACCGUACAUCUUGUAGUUGGUUCAUCACCCGUCUGCAGAUUAAACUACAGUGCACACUGCAAACAAACUACAAAUCCCAGGCAAACUGACAUCUCCAGUGCCUCCUCAUGCUUCUAAAAUAUUUUAAAACUUUAAUCAAGAGAACAUGGACUACUUGUGUGUUUAAGAAAAACAAAGUUGCAUUUAGUCUCAGUACCAAGAGAUUGAUAGUGAAACAGUUUGGGUUCUCCACACUAAAUGUACUUCUAAACGUACUAAAUCGUUUAUUUACAAGUGCCAGAUGUCAGUGGCAUUCGGGAACAAAGUAUGUCCUUACCCUUUAGUAGUUAAUCAAACAAUCUACCAAAGCUAAUAGUAGCAUAUGUCUGUUUUUAAAAGUUUCCCCAAGUGAAUUACUGCAUACAUUUUCAAAUGUAUUUUGAAUGGAAACUUCUUUUUGAUGUUUUCUACUAGUUCCUGUCAAGUGCAAAUAAUUAUCUAAAGUCUUUGAAGUCAGCUUUUGCUAAAUAGCUCACAGAAAAUAAAUAAUUGCUUCAACAAUAUGCAAUUUUGAAAACCUAAUUUCGAUAUGGCUCUAAUUCAGUACUUCCUGUGUCAGUAGUUGUUCCCUUAACAGCAUGACACAAAACGUCAUGUGAUUUACAGAUGGAUUUUUUUUUUUUUUUUUGACAGUGUAAUGAUGGUAUCUUUGUAAAAUGAAACUAAUCAAAAUGUAAAUUGAACUGGUUCUUUUUCACAUUUAGGACACUGAUCCAGAUCUAUGUACUGUAGUUCUUCUCUUCUCUCUGCUUUGUUAUCUCUGCAUUGUUGCAUAAUAGGGGGCAUUGAAGACAACAUAAACUUGAGUCUGUGUCCUUCUGAAUAUCAUUGAGAGCCAUUAUCAGCCUUGGCUGUGGAAUAAUAAUGUUUCUUCAUUUCCAUAAUAAGGAUAAGACUCACAUGCACUCAUAUAGUUUUGGUAGUGUGUUUACCUCAUGUAGACAUACAGAAGGCUUCCAAAAUGCAUUUGCUACUUAUUUAUAGCUAUUUCGUAGACACCUACCAUUUUCAAAGCCACUCCGAUUUACAGAAAUGUGUCAUAGAAUGAAAUAAAGUACAAGUGGUCUAUUAGUAUUUAGAUUUGAGCAAUAGUUAAAUUAAGUCCAUCACAUGCUGUGUUUUUAUUCUGUUCAAUAUAAUGUACAGAAUUUCUUAUGUCACUAAGUGCCGGUUUUUAAAUGUAAUGGCAUUUUUUUAAAGAUAAGAAAAUCAUAAAGUGUUUAGUUAGAUUAUUAUUAUUUUGCACAUUGGAUUGUUUAUUAUUUUUCUCAUUUUUCUGUUAAAUAACAAAAACGAUCAAAUAAAUCUCACUGUGUACAGUGUUGUGGUUUGGAGUUCAAAAAUACAAUUUCGGAACCAUGUAAUGUCAAGUCUGGCUUGACGGUGUAGAUUACAUCAUCUGCUCUUCAAACUCCUGAUUCCUAUAUUAUCACAAAGUAAAGUGCUCGGUACACUAUUCAAAUGUUUACACAUUAUCCUAUCAGCGUUUUACGAUUUUUUUGUCUCAUGUUUUGUAUGAACCACCCUUUUAUUUAUUUUGUACUGUGUUGUGUCUUUAUUGUGUCUAUUGUGUUACUGUAAAUUCAUGCCUUUUACAUCGUUAAUGAAUAAAAUACAAACAUUCUCAA